AGGAGGGGGAGUAGCGCAGGGUGGGGUUGGGCUCGUCGGAGCUGCUAGGCAGGAAGGGAUGUUUCCGGUGAUUUUUGGGUGCUGCGUUUUGUGUUUGACGGUGGUGUUCGUCGGCGUUGGCUGGGGGCGCAGGGUGUUCAGUUUGGGUUCAGUUUGCUUCAGUUUACUAGGGGCGGAAUUUUGCAACUGGAACUAACAGUUACAUUGCAGCACAAUCCAAGGCUUCAAACUUACCAUUUUUUGGGCAUCCCCAAUGCGCUUGUACAGUAGGUUGCGUGUUGUGCUAUGUGUAGUUACUUGGUUCAGAUAUAAAUGCAGAUUGCAGCACCUCCUUUUUUCUGAAUUCUGUGAUUUACAGUAGGUUUCAUGUGUGCUAUCUGUAGAUACCCUGGUUUACUAGUCUCAAAUUCCAGAUGUACAGUAGGUUUUUCAUGUCUAUUUUGUUGUUAGUUGUAUUGCAGCACAAUAUUUUCUCUUCUCAAAUUUCAGAUGUACGGUAGGUUUUCAUGUCAAUUUUUGUUAGCUGUAUGACAGCACAAUAUUUUUUCUUCAGAAUGUAGUAUAGUGAACUAGUUAUUGUUAGAAUAUAGUGAUGUUCAGAUCAGUUUUUCCGAUGUAGUGUAGUGAACUAUCUACUGUAGGAGUGGAAAUUGCAAUGGUACUCCUUUGUUUUGUCUUUACAUUCAGCCUCGUGGAUUUUUUUCCCUUUUCCUUGCUUUCUUUUUUGCAGCAUGGAGGAUGAUGAAUAUACGGCUGAUGGGUCAUUCUCAACCCAUUUCUCACCCACUCGGUUGCGGCAGGUUGCAGAUAGUCAGUCCAAGAAGAAGAAGGAAGUUAUAAGCAAAUGCAGCUUUGGUUCCCUCUUGAAUAUCAACUCUUUCUCUGUGCCGGCUGAUCUGCUCGAUUGGGUAGUCAUAAAAAUUGACCCAGAAAUGGCGUUGUUUAGUCACAAAAAGAAGUCUAUAUUGUUUACAAAAGACAUGGUGCGAAAAAAAAAAUUAAUGUCCCAUCUGGGUCAAGGCCAGUGGAGUUGUUGAGGAGGAGUGAGCCACACGUGCUCCGUGAACCUCACCGAGUAGGGUCAAGGGCUCCAAUGAAGCAUUGUAUUCAAGUGCUCAAGGAUGUAGAGGAUGAUGAUGUUGUUAGUAUAAAUAGGACAUGGCUGCUAUUAUGUAUGGCUCUUGUGCUAUCUCCUGGGACUGGCAACAUGGUACCCCUAGAGUAUCUUGCGAGUUUGGUGGACAUGGACAAGAUUGAUGAGUUUGCAUGGGAUGGGCACUUCUUGGUUGUUGUGUUAAAGGAGGUGAAGAAGUACCAACGGAAGAGGGAGGCAGGGAAACGUGGCUUUUGGAUCGGCGGUUGUCUGCCAAUGUUUGCGAUAAUUUAUAUGGACUUUGUCUAUGUGACUCGGGUGUUGGUUUCGGAGCAUAGAAUUGACUACUCUCUCCCAAGGGCAUGUUUUGUAUGCAACAAAGACUUCGAUUUGGUAGAAGAAAUUGAUAAGAACAAGCUCAAACUUGAUAAGAUUGAAUUUGGGAAACGGAAUCUUCGUCGUUUGCCAGAGACGCCAUAUGUAUCUCUUGAGGGCUACAAUGAAGCUGAUCGCGAGAACAACACUGCGGAGGGAGCUAGUGGAGAUGCAAACAUUCCCGAGAUACCUCCAAGCAAACCAGUCAUGGAUGGGAGCGAGAUUGGUGGCGAUGUGUGUGGGUCUCUAGAUGAGUGGCUGCACCCACUGCCUUCAAGUCAAGAAUUGGUAAUUCCAUAGCACAUGAUACCAAUAUAUCGCAGCGGCCUAUUCUUUGACGCUUGUUUGUGACAUUCAUUUUGAACUAAUUUUGUUUGCUAGACGAGGCUCCUGCCACCGAGACCUUCAGAAGCACCACCACUUUCACCUUCGGGCUUCCCUGCGUGGACACACUGGAAAACCCGCCUGAUAAGUGUCGGAGGACCCUUCUUUUGGCUGUUUUUAGAAGCACUUAUGCGCGUGCCAAAGCCCAUCUUGAAUGCAUAUUCAUUGUACAAUGUUUUGGCAUCGUCAACAGAGUCAAACUCCAUGCCAACAUAGGGCAUAAGUGGCUGAGAUGAAAUCUCAUUAUCCUCUUGAUCAUCAUCAUACAUUGCAGCAGUUGAGUUGUGCCCGACAUCUGAAUUUAUCUCUCCAUUUGCCGCAACAUGCGGUUGUGCAUAGCUCUCCUCACCUCCUGUCCUUUCACCAGCACCCUAUAAGUGCAACAAAAGUCAACAGUACAUUAGGAAUGUUUUUAUUCUAUGCAACAGUAUAUAAAUGCUCAAUCGUAUCAGCUUUUUUACAUUAUC